CCCUUCAGGCUUCAGCCAUGGCUCUCAUGAUCUCAUAUCUCCACAUUCUAACCCUAAUUUCCCUGUUCAAUCCCCUCGUCCAAACAGUCAACUUCAGCUAUCCUGCAGUCUUCAACUUCGGAGACUCCAAUUCCGACACCGGUGGCCUAGCUGCAGCGAUAGCUUUUCCUGUCAACUCUCCGAAUGGCCAGACCUACUUCCUCAAGCCUUCUGGGAGGUUCUGCGAUGGCCGCUUGAUUGUUGAUUUCCUCGUUGAUGCAAUGGACCUACCACUUCUAAAUGCAUACUUGGAUUCGGUUGGUGCACCAAAUUUCGGAACAGGCUGUAAUUUUGCAACCGGAGGGUCUACCAUACUUCCGGCAAAUGCAGCUUCAACCAGUCCGUUCUCCUUUGGUAUCCAGGUGGCUCAAUUUCUCAGAUUCAAGGCUCGGGUUCUUGAGUUGCUAGCAAAAGGUAAAGGAUUAGAAAAAUUCCUGCCCCCAGAAGAUUAUUUCAAGAAGGGGCUCUAUAUGUUCGAUAUUGGGCAGAACGAUCUUGAUGGUGCAUUUUAUUCCACUUCAGAGGACCAAGUACUUGCUUUGAUUCCAACUAUUUUGCAGGAAUUCGAAUCUGGAGUUAAGAAACUAUAUGAACAAGGUGCAAGGCAGUUUUGGAUUCACAAUACGGGCCCCCUUGGAUGCUUGCCUCGUAUUAUCGCCACAUUUGGAAAUAACUCUUCAAAGAUUGAUGAGCUUGGGUGUGUGAGUUCCCACAACCGUGCUGCUACGCUUUUCAAUUUACAACUACAUGGUCUUUGCAGAAAGCUGCAAUCACAGUUCUUGGAUGCGAAUGUCACUUACGUGGACGUCUUCUCCAUCAAACUCAACCUCAUUUCAAAUUCUUCUCAGUAUGGAUUUGCACACUUCAUAACAGCUUGUUGUGGGUAUGGAGGGCCACCCUUGAACUACGACAGUCGGAUCUCAUGUGGCCAAACAAAGAGCUUAAAUGGGACAUUAGUCACGUCAAAACCAUGCAACGAUACCAGAGAAUAUGUAAACUGGGAUGGGAACCACUACACGGAGGCUGCAAAUCUUCACAUUUCAUCACAAAUACUCACCGGAAAAUAUUCUGAUCCACUUCUUUCAGAUAGCAUGCAAUUCAUUUUCAGAUCAAAGUUCUAGGAACUCAAUUUAUGUAUUUCUUGUUUCUGUUCUUUGAGCAGCGUCCAGCGUUUCAUCUGAAUUCUAAUUUGUAUUUUGUCACAUGGGAAUCCUCGGAGUAAUGUAAGAGUAGUUGUAAGCUCUGUAUA